AUGCAGCUCCCCGCACUUGGAAAGUACUUAGGUUCUUCGUAUCUCAUUCAUCCUCCGUGGCCCAAUCUGAUCUGCUACAGUGCCAAGGGGAAAGGCUCUAGGGCGGCAGAUAAGGCUGUUGCCAUGGUGAUGAAGGAGAUACCGAGGGAGGAGUCUGCAGAGGAAAAGCCCCUCCUUACUAUGACAUCACAGCUGGUGAAUGAGCAACAAGAAAGCAGACCCCUCUUGAGUCCCUCCAUUGAUGACUUUCUCUGUGAAACCAAACCAGAAGCCAUUGCCAGACCAGUAACAUCAAAUACAGCUGUAUUAUCAACCGGUCUGGAUCUCUUGGAUCUGAGUGAACCUGUCUUACAAACCCAAAGCAAGACAAAGAAGUCAGAGAAUGCAUUAAGAGGUGAAAACUUAAAGGCUUCAACCCACAGAAAGAAGACAGACAACUCAGACCUUAUAAAUGUGGAUGCUGAGCAGAAGGUCCAGAUUGGGAGAGCGCCAGAGAAGUCAUCAUUAGAUUUAGUAAAUAUUCAGACACAGCUCGAGAAAUGGGAUGAAGUGAAGUUUCAUGGAGAGAGGAACGGCAAGGGUCAUUCAGCUACAGAACGAAAAUCUUCAUCAUCUAGAGCUCCAUCAAAAGAGCUUUUAUGGUCUACAGAGAACAGAUCGCAGUCUGAGCUGACUAGUGUCAAAAGUGCCUUGGAGUCCAAUUCAGCAUCAGAUUUAGAAUUAGUACCUGCAACACAGGCACGAUCAACCAAAGAGCAGCGUUGGGGAGGUUCACUCCUCUCCAGAAAUCAUUCCUUGGAGGAGGAAUUUGAAAGAGCAAAGGCAGCUGUUGAGUCAGACACAGAGUUUUGGGAUAAGAUGCAAGCUGAAUGGGAAGAAAUGGCUCAGAGAAACUGGAUUUCAGAGAACCAAGAAGCGCGUGGCCAAGUAACUAUCUCGACCAGUGAGAAGGGCUAUUAUUUUCAUACCGAAAACCCUUUCAGAGACUGGCCUGGUGCGUUUGAGGAAGGACUGAAAAAACUGAAAGAAGGAGACCUGCCCCUCACUAUCUUAUACAUGGAGGCUGCCAUUCUACAAGACCCCAGUGAUGCAGAGGCCUGGCAGUUUCUUGGUAUAACACAGGCAGAGAAUGAAAAUGAGCAGGGAGCUAUUGUCGCCCUCCAAAGGUGCUUGCAGCUACAGCCAAACAACUUAAAAGCUCUGAUGGCCUUGGCUGUGAGCUACACCAAUACUGGCCAUCAACAGGAAGCCUGUGAAGCUUUAAGAAACUGGAUAAAGCAAAACCCAAAAUACAAGUAUAUCAUGAAGAGCAAAAGAGGGUCUCCAGCACUUACCAGGAGAAAGUCUGAGCCAUCAAAAGAAAGUUCAUUACUCGAAGAAGUAAAGGAAGUGUACCUGGAGGCAGCUCACCAGAAUGGUGAGAUGAUAGACCCUGACUUGCAAACAGGACUUGGAGUGCUUUUCCAUCUGAACAGAGAAUUUAACAGAGCAAUAGACGCAUUUAAUGCUGCCUUAACUGUUCGGCCAGAGGACUAUUCAUUAUGGAACCGCCUUGGAGCAACCUUGGCAAAUGGGGAUCGAAGUGAGGAAGCUGUGGAGGCAUAUACUAGAGCUUUAGAAAUUCAGCCAGGCUUCAUUAGGUCCAGAUACAAUUUGGGAAUAAGCUGCAUCAACCUAGGCGCUUACAGAGAGGCUGUCAGCAAUUUUCUCACUGCUCUCAGUUUGCAAAGAAAAAGCAGGAAUCAACAGCAGGUUCCCCAGCCGGAAAUUUCAGGCAAUAUCUGGGCAGCUCUCAGAAUCGCUCUGUCUAUGAUGGACCAGCCAGAACUAUUUCAAGCCGCUAAUUUGGGUGAUCUGGAUGUUCUGUUAAGAGCUUUUAACCUAGAGCCAUAA